AUGGCCCUCUUAAUGCCCUCCUCGGGAAUUUCAUCAUUUUCCUGCCGCAUGCGUGAAAUUCCUGCUGAAAUCUCUCCAAGAAACCGAAAUUUUAGGGUUUGGGUUUGUUCGAGUGUUAGGGAUUUGGAAGAGGGUGCAACUGACGUUGUGAAAUUGAGGAGUAAUUGCUAUGAUGAUUUGGGAUGGUUGUACGGAAAAUUCUCUGCUCCGGUGAAGCCUACUGGUACGGCGUUAUUUAGUGCUAAAAAGGUUAUGGAUGAGGAAGAAAGGAAGCAGAAUUACUAUGUGAAUACGGGCUAUGCUAUUAGGACCCUCCGUGAAGAGUUCCCGGAGCUUUUCCAUAGAGAGCUCAGUUUUGAUAUCUACAGGGAUGAUAUUGUCUUCAAAGAUCCACUCAACAGUUUUGUUGCUAUAUAUAACAUCACAUUCACACCGCAUAUCCUGAUUGGAACACUGGAACCUGGUCUUCACAAACUUCUGAAGUCGAUAUUGCUUGGUAAUGUAAGGGCAUAUGCCCUGGGUAAUCUUUGA